AUGAUUCUUGGUCUUCCGACGGACGGUCUUCCAGUCACAGGAAUGACUAUGAGUAGUUUUGAAGCCUUAGAGGCAGAGUAUUUGCACCAAUUUGAGGUUGCACCGAGAAAGUCAAACUGUAGAGGAAGCGGUAUAAAACUGACGUGGCUUCGGGAUCUAAAAGAACGGUUACAGUUGACUGAUGAAAACAAUAUACAGAGUAUCGGACAGUACAGUUGGGGAUCGGCUUGCCUCGCAUACCUGUACAGGGCGUUAUGCAGGGCAUCUCAUUUUGACUGUAAGGAGAUUGACAGUUCGCUAACACAGCUGCUCGUUUGGGCAUGGAUCCGCCUGCCAUAUCUAGCGCCGGUUCGUAGGAAAUCCCGUAGUUUUUCGCUUGCAAACAUGUAA